GUCCAUUUGAACAGCGGCGUUAACUCCGUGCACAAGGAAAGUUAGAUCUGUGAGGACACAACUAAUUUUAGAACAGAAGUUUUUCUAAGGAGAAGAAAAUGAGAUACUAUUUCUAUUGGCUGGUGUGUUUAGGAUUUCUCCACGUCACCAAUGCUUCGGGAUCAGAGUCUGGUCUAUCCUGUUGUUCGCAAAGUAAAUGCAGAUGUAGCAUAUCAAGCUUUGGAAUCACAGCCGACUGUUCGAAUUUGGGAUUAUUUGAAUCUCCAGAUUUUAAUCACUCAGUGACUGUCAUAGACUUGAGCUUUAAUUUUCUUCACACUUUCCCAGAAGCAGGAAAACUACCACGAUCGCUGAAAUAUAUCAAUAUGACAAAAAACAAAUUUACUACUUUUAGUAACAACAGCUUCCGUGAGUUACCGGAGCUGGUUUACCUGAAUCUUUCUCAUAACGAUUUCAGUCUAAACGAUAGAACUUUCCCUUCCGGUGUAUUUAGCAAGCUAUCAAAUCUCCGACUUCUGGACUUACAAAGAUUUUCAUCUACUAAAGAUAUGAAUGACAAAUAUCCAACUGCCGCUCUUUCCACUCUUAAGAAUUUGACUGCUUUGUAUAUCAACGGAUUACCAAAUAGUGUUCUUGGAAGAGGUAUUGAAAAUUUAAGGCAGUUGUCUACCUUGGUCAUUUCAGGCAACAGCGGGUGGUGUAGAAUCACACUAAUUACAGAAAACACAUUCCGACAUGUUCCAUUCCUGGAGAAGCUGGACAUAUCAAAUUGUGGUGUUGAACAUAUUGCCCUUGGAAGUUUUUCUUUUCUGAAGAAACUAAAGGAAUUAUCAUUAUCACAUAACAGACAAGCCACCUUUAAGAUAUUGAAGAACGUUUCCAUCGAUUUAUUGCAAACCCCGGUUCAAAUACUGAGGCUAGAAACACUAUACUGCACAUAUGGUAUGGGAAUUAAGCUUAGAGUCGAGGACAUUCGAUACUUUCGGAAUACCUCGAUCAGGGAGUUAUAUAUCGGAGAAAAUAGAUUAGAACAGAUUGAGCCAGGUUUUUCGCAUUAUCUUCCGAAACAUCUACGUCUUCUAUCAGCACCCUAUAAUCGAUUCACCUUUGGACUAUACCUGAUAGAGAUGUGCAGUUUAGAUAGUUUAGAAGAAAUCGAUAUAAGCCACCGUCUUGAAGAACCAACCGCGAAUAAACAUGAUUUUAUGUGCUUUAAUUUCGAUGGCAUGUCUUGUACAGAAAAUAAAAGGCAAGUGAAAAUCAAGACAUGGGCGCGAAGUUCAUUUUGGUCAAAUCCAUAUGCCGAUCCAUAUAACAUCACUCUUUGUGUACCUAAAUAUUUAAGAGUUCUACAUAUCAACCACGCAUCUUUAGGUCCAACAUUGAUUAAUAUUACCAUCCCUAAUAAUUCCCUGACCUCAGUGUAUCUUCAAAAUAACUUUUUUCGUGAAUUCAAUGGAUACCUCUUUGGAUUUAACAAAAUCAAGCUUUUGGAUUUAUCGAACAAUUUCUGUGGACGUGUGUCACCAACAUUUUUUGAAUAUGUGCCUUCCCUUGAAACUUUGAUUCUAAAUAAUAACUAUUUGGGAGAAACUUUGUCUAAAGACAACAACUAUGUUUUUAGAUAUCUAAAAAACCUUCGACAACUCGAACUGAAACAAAAUAGAAUAAACAAUCUUGCAACUACAGUCUUUUACAACCUUAUUAAUCUUCAAAGCCUAGACUUAAGCAUGAAUGUCAUCACAGAGUGGAAAUUAGACAUGGGCCGAUUACCAUCUCUGAAAUGUUUGGAUCUCUCAAACAAUCAGAUAUCAUUUCUUUCGCCAUCUUCCACGAAGCAAAUUGAUAAACUGACCGGGAAGAGAGCUAUAAGUAUUAAUUUAGCAAAUAAUCCUUUACUGUGCAAUUGUGAAACUAAAUAUUUUAUCAAUUGGGUGCAUCAGCGGUGGGUUUCCAAAUCAAUCACUUUCAUUAAUGUCGAAAAUUACACAUGUUUGAUUCAUAAAUCAAACGAAAUACAAAUUCAAAAAUUCAAAAAUACGAAACAUUUGAAAGAUAUCGUAACUCAUUUAGAACAUGAAUGCAUAUCCUCUGUUGCUAUUAUAGUGGUAGCAACAUGCGCUCUCAUAUUGUCUGCUAUCAUUCUAUGUUGUGGGUUGGUAUAUCGUUAUCGAUGGAGGUUGCGCUACCUAUACUAUAUGACAAAGAGUAGAUUUCAUGGAUACCGGGCUCUGCGGCACGAUCAUUUCAAAUACGACGCCUUCAUAUCGUACGCCGAUGAAGACCGAUCUUUCGUUGUUUCAAAAUUCAUCCCCGAAUUAGAGGAACAGUCAGGAUUACGUUUAUGUCUACAUAAUCGAGAUUUUCUUCCCGGUUACGACAUUGCAGAAAACAUUCUAACGGCUGUACAACAAAGUAAAAAAACAAUUGCCAUUUUAUCUGGCAAUUACAUCACAUCCUACUGGUGUAUGUACGAACUGAACAUGGCAAGAAUGGAGGGCAUCUACUCAAGAGAAGGAGAAGAUGUCUUGUUUCUUGUUAUUUAUGAUCACAUGCGUUACGAAGACAUUCCGCUAACACUAAUGGAUCUGAUGGAAAAGAAAUCCUACAUUGAAUUUCCUAAUGAUGAAUAUGGCGAUGUUGUUUUCUGGAAUAAAGUGAGGGAAACAAUAGGACAUCACUAAGCUGCAAAACGUUGACUAUCGUGCCUUACAAUUUCGAAUGUGUGAUCAGUGACCCAGAAUGGAUUGCAUAAUCCAAAAAAACGUUUAGUAAAUUUGAAAUUAAAAAAAAAUUCAAAGCAACAUCAAAACUUACGACAUUUCAACACUUUACACAACCUUCAUUCUUUACAAUGAAUUCACGACUAGUUUUUUUUUUUUAAAUAAUAUCCAUUUGUUUACUUUUUCCUGUAAAGUUUGUUUUUAUGAGUAUUUUUAGCAUUGUUCGUCUGUCCAUCAACACUUUCUCUGUGACAUGACAACUCAAACAGUUUUCAAAUUUUGUACAGAAAUAAUUUACAAUAAGAGGAGGACACCUAUAUAUUUAGGGUCAUGUAACUUUGUCUGUAUGCAUGUCAUCAUCUUUGUUAUUAUGAACACUUUCUUUGUGACACGAUAACUCAAACAGUUUUCAUUGUACAGUUUUCAAGUUUUGUACAGGAAUAAUUUACAAGAGGAGGACACCUAUAGAUUUUGGGGUCGUGUUACUUUGUCUGUAUGCAUGUCAUCAUAUCUUUGUUAUUAUGACUAUCUAUUUACCACUGUCUAAGGGGGGAUUAUUUGAAUUAUGAUAUAUAUAUAUAUAUAUAUAUAUAUAUAUAUAUAUAUAUAUAUAUAUAUUCAAACAGUUUUAUAUUUAUAAAUAAAUAUAUAUAUAUAGUUCAACCCCGAGUAGGGACGGAAGUCGGUAUCCAUAUAAAGUGAAAUUUCUGUGCUUUGUAUAUAAUAUUUCUUCACUUAGGGCAGUUAUGUUCAUUUAAGAGUUCAUUGCUAUUUCUGUGCUUUAUAUAAAAUAUUUCAAAUGCAAUGUGUAUCAUGUAUGAUCCUCUUAAAUGUACGUUAAAUAACUGUAUCCCAUUUCCAUUCUCAAUGACCGUGUAGCGUGUGACAGCGUGGCGAGAAUUCCAUCGUCAUCGAAAUUAAGUUUUUUGACUUGCCUAGAUGGUCGAGCGGUCUAGCGCGCUGGUUACAUGCUGCUAGGAGAUUUGGUUCCGCAGGUCGUGAGUUCAACAUCGGGUAGGGGUGGAAGUGGGUAUUCAAAUAAAGUGAAAUUUUCUGUGCUUGAUAUUAAAUAUUUCUUCACUUA